CUGACUGAAAUGACUAUUAACUCUUCUGUGAUACGCAUGUCAGAUCGGAUAGUUCUUCUUGAAUGGAUGACUGGGUGCAAAGAACGCACUAUUUGCACUCUCGUUGAAAACAUCUACUUGCGUAUUCAAUAAAUUGCUGAUUUACAAUCACAACAUGCGGCGGGUUGGCUCCCCGCCCUGUAGAAAAAAAAGCAUUGCUAAAAAACCCAUACAGCAGCCUCGGAACUCGGACGGAUUACACGGAAAACGACAAAAGCAAAGAAAACGGUUAACGAAUAUUGGAUGCUGGAAUAUACAAGGACUAAACACUAAAGAUGAUCAAGUAUUUAGAGAACUCCACACAUACGACAUCGACAUAGCAGUACUCAGCGAAACAAAGAAGAAAGGACAAGGAAACAGCUACAAAGAUGAGUACAUAUGCUUCUGGAGUGGAGUAGAAAAAUCGAAACGGGCCAAAGCUGGUGUAGCUAUUGCAAUAAAAAAGGUCAUGGAGAAGUUCAUAAUGGACUGGAACCCAGUUGACGAAAGGAUCAUAACGGUUGACAUGAAAAUAAAAGGAAGAGAAAUUAAAAUAUUCGGUAUCUACGCGCCCACAGACGACUCAGAUACAAACACAAAAGACAAAUUUUUUGACAAACUCUCUGAGGAAUUAGAUAAGACGAAAAAUAGACAAGAAAUAGUCUUGAUAGGCGACCUGAACGGAAGAGUGGGCAAAGCUCUUGACAGUAAAAUAAUUGGACAACACGGAGAGGAAGUAGUACCAGCUGAUGGAAUUAGUUCGUUGUGAGGUAAGUUUUUAACUUGCAUGCAGUAUUGUAAUAUUUAACUUGAAGUAAACAUAAGGUUCAAUUACAUGUCCAUUACUCGUCCGUCUCUCGCAAACUUUCAAUAUUACAUAAGACGAAGGUUUAUUAUUCUUGAUGGAUAUUAGCUCAAAAUAAAUCAAAUAUAAAUGAUUCACGUUUCUUUCUUUAUCUUGCUCAAUUU